AUGGCAUUAAAGAAGCAAGUCUCAACAGACUCGGAGGGCAAGACCAAGAGCAGAAUUGCGACUACACCGGUGGAUCGUCUGCGAGUAGCGGUACGUAACCUCAUCGAACAUUCAUUGCCAGAUGACGUGGCUGAAGUGACUACACAGAAGCAACAACUCCAGUGCUCCAACAACGCGCAAACAAAGUUGCAUACCAUGUUCGAGGAAAUGAUGCAAGAGCUUGAAGAUACAAAGAACAAACUUGAGACAACUGAAGAAGAGCUGGAAUCUACUAAGGAUAAACUGGACUCGACUCAGGAUGAGCUGAACGAUACCAAGGAAGAGCUGGAGUCAAGUCAGGACGAACUGGAAACGACAAAGGAUGAGCUGGACGAGACUAAAGUAAAGCUGAAUGCGGCAAAUCUUCUAGCUCAAAACAACCAUAAGUCCUGGAAAACCGCACACGACGACUAUCGACGGACCAAGAGCAUAUUGAAAUCGCAGAGGCAGACAAACGAGGACCUCGAAACCAAACUGGCGUUCGAAAGAAAGAAGGCGAAGAAGAACGAGACCGCCCAGAUAAAGCUCGAGCAGCUCAAAAGCCAGUGGUCGUCACUCUCACAUAUGCUCGGUAAUGAAGAUACCAAACUCUAG